CCCCCCCCCCCCCCCCCCCCCGGGCCCCCUACCGCUGAGAUGCCCUCUACCCCCUCGACGGGCUGGCCGUGGUCAACGUCAAGGACAACCCGCCCAUGAAGGACAUGUUCAAGCUGCUCAUGUUCCCUGAGAGCCGCAUCUUCCAAGCCGAGAACGCCAAGAUCAAGAAGGAGUGGCUGGAGGUGCUGGAGGAGACCAAGCGCAACCGGGCCCUCAGCGAGAAGCGACGCCUGGAGCAGGAGGCCCUGCCCCGGCCCGCCCCGACGCCCCCCGAAUCCACCAACCCCUUCGAGGAGGAGGAGGAGGAGGAGGAGGAGGAGGAAGAGCCCUCUGCUGAGGAGGAGGUGGUUGACCUGUCACUUGAGUGGAUCCAGGAGCUGCCAGAGGACUUGGACGUCUGCAUCGCUCAGCGGGACUUCGAGGGGGCGGUGGACCUCUUGGAUAAACUCAACGAGUACCUGGGGGACAAGCCCGUGAGCCAGCCCGUGAAGGAGCUGCGGGCCAAGGUGGAUGAGCGGGUCCGGCAGCUUACGGACGUGCUGGUGUUUGAGCUGUCUCCAGACCGCUCGCUGCGAGGAGGGCCGCGGGCCACCCGCCGAGCCGUGUCCCAGCUCAUUCGCUUGGGCCAGUCCACCAAGGCGUGUGAGCUCUUCCUGAAGAACCGGGCGGCCGCCGUGCAGACAGCCAUCCGACAGCUGCGCAUCGAGGGUGCCACACUGCUCUACAUCCACAAGCUCUGCCACGUCUUCUUCACCAGCCUUCUAGAGACGGCGAGAGAGUUUGAGACGGACUUCGCCGGUAACAACGGCUGCUACUCCGCCCUUGUUGUCUGGGCCCGCUCUUCCAUGAGGAUGUUUGUAGAUGCCUUCAGUAAGCAAGUAUUUGAUAGUAAAGAGAGCUUGUCGACUGCGGCAGAGUGCGUCAAGGUGGCUAAAGAGCACUGCAAGCAGCUUAGCGAGAUUGGACUGGAUCUCACCUUCAUCAUUCAUGCCCUCCUGGUAAAGGAUAUCAAAGGUGCUUUACAGAGCUACAAGGAUAUCAUCAUUGAGGCCACCAAGCACCGCAACUCUGAGGAGAUGUGGAGAAGGAUGAACCUAAUGACUCCAGAGGCGCUGGGGAAACUCAGGGAGGAGAUGAGGAGCUGCGGGGUAGGCAAUUUUGACCAAUACACGGGCGAUGACUGCUGGGUCAACCUUAGCUAUACUGUAGUAGCUUUCACUAAGCAGACUAUGGCCUUCUUGGAGGAAGCAUUAAAGCUUUACUUUCCAGAGCUGCAUAUGGUUCUUUUGGAGAGUCUCGUGGAAAUCAUCCUGGUGGCCGUCCAGCAUGUUGAUUACAGUUUACGGUGUGAACAGGACCCUGAGAAGAAAGCAUUCAUUAGGCAGAAUGCCUCCUUCCUGUAUGAAACUGUCCUUCCUGUUGUGGAAAAAAGAUUUGAGGAAGGAGUUGGAAAGCCAGCCAAGCAGCUACAGGAUCUGAGAAAUGCUUCAAGAUUGAUGCGUGUAAAUCCGGAAAGUACCACCUCUGUGGUGUGAUGUGACCUAACGGUUCUUAUGAACAGAGUGUGAAAGCGCUUACUGCAAAUGUUGUACAUUGAAUAUAUGAACAAAAUGGGGUUUUUGAGUCCCUGAAAAAUGCAGAAGCCUAACUGCUGCAUUCCAGAAGCUGAAGACUUAACAAUCAAAGCCUGCAAGGAUGCAACGCUUUUCUUGGUGGAUGGCGGGUAGGGGAGCGAGAAGUAAGGUCGAGGUCACAUGUCCUUGGACAGCAUAGCCUGUAAGAAUGGCUUGUGUAGUGUUUGUGGCUUGGGAAAUACUGUAGUAUACAAUUUUUGGCCAAGUGUUUGUGAAAGUCUUAAAUGUAUGUACACCAUAUGGCAGGAAAAGA